AUAAGUAUUCAUAGACAGAAUACAUGUUGCAUUGCAUAUUGCCAUAUACAUAUAGCUCCACUAACAUGAACAUUUAAUGAACGAAUUACUCCAACUUGAGGUAUUUCUAUACAAGUAUCGAACAAAGGUAUCAAGUUGGCAGGAAUUCCAUUCUUUUCGUUUCUAAAAAAAGAAUUCAUAUGUAUCACAAAAUGGGAAAUUUUUUAAUCUCUUUUAUUUACUUACCCUAAAACAAGAAUUGAUUUUUUCUUAAAUUUCAUAUUUAAUAAGUUUGUACUAUUAACUGUUUGUUCUACACCUACUAAUGACCAUCCCAUGUUCCUUUUUUCCAAAAGGUAUUUGUUCAAUUCAUGAGGCUUCACCUAAAAUAUAAAAUUAUAAAAAAUUAAUUAUUAAUGAUUUUCUUACAUUAGAUGUUAGAACUGGACCUUAGUGUUUAACAGCAUAAAAAAAUAUAAAUUUACAUUAUUUUUCAAUAACAGAUUCAUGACAUGGACGGUUUGAUAUUUAAUGUAACAAACUAUUUCAAUCAACAUGACUUUCUCUAUAAAUUUUAUGCUGAUAAACGAAGUUUCAGAAAAAAGUUAGCAACCUUCUCCUAACACCUAAUAUAAAACAUGAAAAUAUGUAAAAAGUUAACAAAUACCUCUGUAAUAUUUAUCCAAUUUUCGGCUGUUACACUGAGAUUUUGAAAGUCUUUAUUUUUUAUUAGACUUAAAUUAGCAAUAACUAGUUCUUUCGCUCUGAAAAUCUCACAAGUACGUGCAAGUCCUCCCAAAUUUGGAGUACUAUCAAUGAGACAUGCUACAAUUAUAAUACCUUCAUCAUCAGAUAAUAUUCUCUUCUGAGAAAUAGAUUCCCUGAUUGUUGGAAAAAUGUCAUUAUGUAAUAAAUUUGCAGAUACAGAGGGGUCAAUUUUCUUCUGAACAUUACUUAGUUCUUCAAUAUUCAUUUCAGAAUGUUUUAUAGAAAAAUCAGCUGUGUUUUAAAGAUUAAUAUUUUUUGAUUAUUUAUAAUAUAAAUGUAGACAUAUUCUGUAAUAUGUAUUAUAAUUGAUACAUACUUGUGGAUUUCAUGAUGUAUAACGAUGUUUUAAUUUCUGAUAAUGAUGAGUUUAAAUUAAGCAUCUGAAGAGGAUGAUUUUGAGUUUGUGUAAAGUUCAGUUGUUUAAAUACAUCUGGACAAAUCCAUUCAUUUGGAUCCAUAUCAGUUAAUCGAGGUAAUUCAAAAUAUAUUGUCUAUAAACAUAAGAAAAAGGAUAAUGUUAUUUAUAUUUUUAUAAAUUCUUAUAAUUUAAACUGUUAUUAAAUUAAACAAUGUUACCUGCAGACUAUAGUCGUCUGAAGCAUGAAACGUGGAAAGGUAAAAAUCAUCUUGAAUUUUAGUUAAACUUUUUAUUGCAUUUUCAUCUUUAAAAUGCUCUACUAUAGCUUUGUAUAAUCCUCUAUACUCAUUAGUAAUAUUAUCACAGUUUAAGCUUUCUAAUAUAUUAAACAGUUGUAUAAAAAUCACCUAUGUUAAACAUAAAUAUUAAUAGUAUUAUUUUAUACAUGUGAAAUACGAAUAGUUAGCUAUUUUAAAUUAUUUAUCAUAAUUAUAUUUAAUUAACUUUCAUGCAUGCUUUGUAUAACAUACUUCAUUAUAAAGUCGCAUAUUAUAUUGCUGUCCUAAGCAGCAAUGCGCGAUGUAUGGUAUUCCCAUCGAAAUAAAAGUACGUUGAUCACUGUUGGAAAGUAACUUUGCAACAUGAUAAAAUAUACAUGCUAUCGAACUAGUACAUCCUGGACGUGUUGUAAUAGCCUGUACAAAUAUUUUAAAUAUGCUUUACAUAUCUUAAUCUUGAGUAACAAGUUUUUUAAAUACCUCUUCAAAAAAUUUCCAUAAUUUAUGACGAAGAUUCUCAUUCUCCACAAAUAUUUUAAUUAGUAACCAUUCUUGCAUUAAUCGCACACUGUGUUGGUUGCUUUCCAAAAUCAUUAGUUUACACAGUAGAUCUACUACAGUUGUUGUAUCUAUCUGCAAAAAAUUAAUUUUAUUAAUUGGAAUUCAUUUACAAUUUUGUUAAUUAUAUAUCUUAUUACCUCAUUCAGAACAGGCUGUAAUAUUAAUAAGGUUUGCAUGAUUCGAUGUUUCAUCUUAUGUGCAUAAGAAUUAUUAAAAUAUCGUUUAUUUUUAUACUCUUCUAACUUCUGUAAAACGAUUGGAAGAAAUGCAGGUAUAAAUUCAACAUCUGUAGUAAUUAUUUUGUGCAAUAGUAUAACAGAAAGUGCUCUGAUACUAGCGUCAUUAUUAUGAUCUCUAUUAAUAAAAUUGAAAAUUUUAGUAAUUAGAAAUUAAAAUGAAACAAUGAUACAAUGAAACUACUUACAUCACUGAAAUAUGUUGUGGAUAAAGACUUUCAUAAUGUUUUAUAAUAUAUGAGCAUGUUUGAUUUUCUAUUUGCUUGUCCUUUCGAAGUGCAUAUCCAUGAAGAAGACACAGUAAUAAUGGUUCUUGUAAAUUCCUUAAGCAGUAUACAUUUAAUAGCUUCAUUUCAUUCAAUAAAAUUGCCUUUAAUUUUGGCACUUUGUUACUUUCUUCAAGUAGCUGACUGAGAAACUAAAAAUUAAUGAAAUAAUUAUCAGGUAACAGAUGUUACAUUUUUGAGACUAAUACUUUAAUAUCUUACAUGAUUCAGAAGAUUUAUAGCAUUCGGAAGUACCAGAAAAUUGCUAUUUAUAAUAACUCCAAGAAGAUUUUUUAUUGAUAAAAAGUACAACUUAUUUUUUGAACUUAACAAGGUAGAUUUCCAAAUUAUAGUAAAAAUAGAUUCUAAAUUUGAUAUGUUUUCAGAAUCAUUUAUUCCUCUUUUAUCAACAAUUAUUUUUAAGGUCACUGCUACUUCUGGGAUGAUUUCAUUUCCUCCCAUUUCAUAAAUGUAUAAAAUAUGUUUAAACCAAUCAAUAUUUUCUGGCCAUAAUUUUACUUCUCUUUUCGAUAAGAAUUGAUUUGUAAGUUUCGCUAAUAACAAAUAGCAAUGCGAGACUAUUUUUCCCUUCGAAUCCAUUUGAUCUUCCUUAUUACCAGAUAUAUAAGUAUGACAUUUAUUUAUCAAAGAUUGUCCAUAAAAUUCUGUAGCAUCUAUAUUUAAUAUGUUUUGAGUAUAAUAUAAAAUAUGUAAUGCAUACAUGUAAUGCAUAUUUGUAAACUGUUCUAUGUUUUUGAGAAUUUGUGCACUAUCAUAUUUAAAUUUUUCAACAUAAUUCAAGAUUUCUGUUUUUGACAGAAUCAAAUCUCCAUUAUUGAGAAAUAAAACAAUUACAGUCAUACAUUUUUUUACUUCUUCGUAAUUACAUUUAAAUGGUAUAUUUUUAUUAUUUUUUAAUAAAAAUUGUAAAGCAUUGUUAAUAUACAGAGAGAGUAACUGUAUGAUUCUUUUAUUUUCCUUUGCACUUAAAUUAAGCAAAUGUGACAUAACUUCUAUGAUGUAAAGAAUAUGUUCAAAAUUGAUAUAAGGCCUUACAUUACAAUCUUUGAGUAAUGAUAACCAAUAAUUUAGUAUUUGUUCUGCUAAACAUAUUUUUUUAUGUAGUAUUAACUCUGCAUCGUACAAGAUAAAAAUAGUAAGGGCAAACUUUGCAGGAUUCAUUUUUAUACAUGUAUCAUGAUGUAAGUGUUCGUCACAUAAACUUUUAAUAAAACUUAAUACUUCUGUUUCUGUUACUGCAAUUUUUAAGUAUUUUGUUAUAAUAUUCCAUGAAAAUGAACCUCUUACAAGAGCUUCAUUAGAAGGAAAUUCCAAUAACAUAUUUAUUAAAAUUUUCAAAUCAUGUAUUCUCUCUAAAGAAAGUGGAACAGUCCUUAUGAGUUCAAUUUGUGAUGCAACUCUUAAAAUGCGUGAAUGCGCAUGUAAAUUCUUCUGUACAAAAGAUUUAAUUGCAAUUAAGUCAUUCUCUCCCCAAGAAUUUGCAGUUUUAUUAGUAACUAUUCUUAAAAUUAACAUCAUAUAAAAUAGCGGAAUAGGAGCCCAUAUUUCCUCGCUUAUUGCUUUUAGGAAUUUAGAUAUAAAUUCAACUGUUUUUUCUCUUAUAUGUACAAGUAAUGUUGUGAUUUCAUAUAGUAUUUCUGGUUCCUUUUGGUACAAUUGACAUUCAUAUAAGAACGUAUUAUUUAACACGUGUAUAAAUAACUUUAAAAAUUGAUAAUCAUAUAAAACUUCAUGAAAUCGACAAACAUAAAGUAUUCCUUGCUUUACUAUAGCAUUAUUUUCAUGCUUUAACAUUCUUUCAAAAAUUAAUAGCAACCAUGUAGUACUGAAGCACUCAUUGCACAAUGCAUGUUCCUUACUCCCUUUCACUAAAUUUGGUAUAUGUGUUAAAGCUGGUGCAAUUAAAUGAUAUUGCUUUUCUUCUAAAGCUUCUAGUACCAAAAAGAAUUUUUGCCUAAUAUCACUUAUUAAUAUUUGUGUUUUAAUUGACUGUUUACAUAUAAAUGGUACAGUUUUAAUUUUUUCCAAAUUUAAUGCAUUUUCAUUUAAAGUGCUAAUGAAAUCUGUUAUUCGUUUCAUUAUAAAUAAUCCUUGUUUACGGUAUUGUUGUACAGGAGAUUUUAAACUUUUUAUCAUUACUAACCAUAAGUUUUCAGUAUAACAUAACUUGUGGUAUAUUGAACUUGUAUUUUUGAACUUUUCAGAAAGACAUGCAUCAAUGAUAAUACUUAGUACACUAAGUAAAUCUUGUACAUCAUCCAUUUUAUUUAAAAUAAAAUCUAAUACAGCGGGUACAAUUUUAUCAGGUCCAAAAGUAUUCAUUAAUUUUGGGAAUAUUGAAGCAAAAGAUUGCCAUUCUCUAUUACUUUUUAUUUCUAGCCAUACUUGUAUAUCUUUCUGAUAAUACAAAUAAAAAUUUUCCGCUAAAUGUGACUCUGUAUUAUUUUUUAGCAAUUGUUUUAAUUGCAAUGAGUCCAAAAAGCAUUCCAGUAUUUUCAUAUAACAUGAUCUGUCUUCAUUAUCCAAUGAGAUUAAUAAAAAUGAUUUUUGAAAAUUCAUUAGAUGUUGUUCAAGACAUUGUAAAUUGCAAAAGAGCACUGUAUAUAAAACUAUAAUAUCAUAUAAAAUCGAUAAAUCUGUAAAACUCUGGAAUUGUUUUCUCAAAUAUAAAACAUUUUUUAUUUUGUUGAAACAUAGUUCAUUUGAUACUGUCCUUGCAUAUUUUCUUUCAGAAUUAAAUAGGAGUUGAUAUUCGUAACAUAAAAUCGUACGAAACGUUUUCAAUUUUUUUAUAUCCAAAGUAUCCUUGUUUACUUCGUCGAUAUAAUAUUUAAUUAAACGGUGUAAUAAUGAAAAUGGUUCAUCCUUAAAUGCUGUAUCUAAUAAUUCCAAUAUCGACAAAUCCGUUAUUGGAAAAUGCACGUACCGUUUGUGUAAAUCCAUUGUGUUACAGUGGUUACCAACUCUGUUUCAAUUGGAACUUAAUGUCAAUGUAUUUAUCUUAUAAGAAUAUUCGUGUUUACGCAAGUUAGAUGUAUCGUAUUUUAGGAAAAAUAACUUGACAAAAAGUAUGUUUUAGUAAAAAAUUAUAACUACUUUUUUAAACUUAGAUAUUAUUUUACCUUAUUAAAAACAGUACAAGUUUUUAUUUUAUUCAUAUGUUAUUGUAUAUAAUAACAAUAUGAAUCUACAUAACCAAUAAAAGUACACGUGGGUACCUGAAAAUAUAUGUAUAAAAAAAUUCUUUGUUGUAUAAUAAAGAAUUUUAUAAUAUUAUUAAAAUAAAGAAUUCUGUUUUGGCAAUAAAAUUCAUGCAUCUCAAGCUAUAGUGACCCUCAAUUACGAAGGGAUUUCAACACUCGCCAGUUUCAGAGAACGUUUGUAUUUUCUGACAGUAAAGACGAAUGAAGCAGAGUAACUUCCUGAAAAUCAUUAGCUUGGUCAAACAAGUGGUCAUAAGCCGGCACAUAAGUUUGACAACGAUGGCUAAAAGUAAAUUUGAAUAUGUAAAAGAAUUCGAACGUGAUGACUGUUGUUUGCCAAAUUGUUGGAUUGUGGUUAGAAUAGAUGGGAGAAAUUUUUCAAAAUUUUGCGAUGCUCAUCAAUUUACCAAACCAAACGAUAUAGCCGCCUUGGAAUUGAUGAAUCGAGCGGCUAUUACGGUUAUGGAAGAUUUCAAAGAAAUCAUUUUAGGUUUCGGUCAAAGUGACGAAUAUUCGUUCGUUUUUCGAAAAGACACACAACAUUACAAAAGAAGAGUUUUUAAAUUAAUGUCAAAUGUAAACUCCCUGUUUACAUCGGCAUAUGUUUACCAUUGGCCUCGGUUUUUUCGAGGCAAAGAAUUAUAUUAUCCACCCUCCUUUGACGCACGUGUUAUAUUAUAUCCAACUGAUAAAAAUCUAAGGGAUUAUUUAGCUUGGAGGCAAGCGGAUGUUCAUGUGAAUAAUUUAUAUAAUACUUGUUUCUGGAAUCUCGUAUUAAAAGCGAAACUUACUCCAAGUCAGGCAGAAGAAAAACUUAGGGGUACAUUAGCAUCACACAAAAAUGAAUUGCUUUUUCAAGAAUUUGGUAUAAAUUAUAAUAAUGAACCUCCACUUUUCCGAAAGGGUACCACACUUAUAAGAAAAUUAGUACCUGAUGGAACUGGUCGAUUAAAACCAGUAGUGGUUCCACUAGUAGACGACAUCAUUGCAGACCGAUUUUGGAAAGAAAAUCCAGAAGUAAUUGGAUUAAAAAGUUUAGCAACUUACCAACCUCCGAAUCUAGUUAAUAAUACAAACAUGAAACAUGUGAAUAACGUUCCACCACCACCAGGUGUUAAUGCGAACUCUAUGAAUGAAGAAACACAUCCCGCGAGAAGUCGAGAAUCGGAUGGUGAAAAAAUGCAAUGUGAAAAUGAACGAAUUUGUAGAAGAUAAGCAGUGUUUUAUUUUUAUAUAAUAAAUUUGGAAAACAUCCUAACGAAAAAUACCGGAAGUUUAUUUUCGAUAAUUCGAAAAUAUUUUCACUUUUAUUACAGUAAUGGUAUUAUAAAAUUUUAAUUGUUGGUGAAAGAAUUUAAAGUUACAUUAAUAAUUAUUAUAUUAAUGUUUUUUAUAUUUUCAUAAGAUAAAUAAUAAUAUAUUUGUGUAUUUAGAUGUACUUCUAUAUACACAUGUAAUGCGUGUAUCUAUGUUACAAAAAAAUUUGUUUAAAAAAGGGGAUGUGUAGAUAUACAUAUGUCAAAUAUUUUUCGUUAGGAUUUUAUAUUUUAAAACUUAUUGAAUUAAAAUAUUGUAUUUUCCAAUAGUAAAG